ACUUUCGACCAUUCACUUCGUGAAGCUGUCUCGCACACAGCAUACAAACCAUCUCGGCAAUAUCCCUCGACCUCUUCAUAUACCAUAGCCGGGUCUGACAACGCUCCUCGACCUUACGGGAGCCAUGUCCAGACUCCCAUUACCUCUGAGUGUACAGAGAUGAGCAUAUUGUCCAGCACAGGCCCUGCAGCUUCCACCAUGCGCGGCUCGCACUCUUUCGACCGGAAGGUGGAGGAGAUGAAGCCCAGCAAGAGUGACAUCAACUGGGUCAUAAUGGACUACCUCGUCUCGGAAGGGUACCCGGGCGCCGCCGAGAAGUUUGCGCAGGAGACGAACAUGGCCAGUCCUGUCGACAACGAAAGCAUACGCGAGAGAGUCCGAAUACGAAAUGCCAUACACGGCGGCCGGAUCGACGAAGCGAUUGAGAUGAUCAAUGAGAUCGACCCGGAGAUCCUCGACACCAACCCCCUCCUCCACUUCCACCUCCUCCAACUCCACCUCAUCGAAAUCAUCCGCGCCAUCCUCUCCGCACCCUCCGGCGCAAAUCCCAUAGCCACCGACUUCCUCCCCGCCAUCAAGUUCGCAACCGAACAGCUCUCCCCACGCGCUCCAACAGAUCCAACCUACCAACAAGCCCUCGAGCGCACGAUGGCGCUCAUGAUUUUCCCGCCAGAGAAGAUGACGCCGGAGUUCAAGGAGUUGUUGGACGUAAGACUAAGGGAGAAGGUGGCCGGGGAGGUGAACAAGGCGGUGCUGGAGAGUCGCGGUCAGCGGUCAGAGGCGAAGAUCCGGCAGUUGAUCAGGGCCAGGGCUUGGGCGGAGGGGGAGGCGAGGGCGGCGAAGGUCGAGUUGCCGGCGUUUGUGCCUGUGGGGCUUGACGCUGAGGAUGUGAGUGGUGGGGUUGGAGGUGGGGAUGGGGAUGCUAUGGUGCAUUGAGCGCGGUCUUCGGGAGUGGUAACAAGUCACUUGAUUAGCGUAGGCGUUGGGGUUGAAUAUGAGCGACAUCGUGAUCGAUCCCCGAUGGGAAACACUUGCGCCUGCUCCCAUCAUUGCAGGUGUUGAAUUAUCUAUCCCAGUCGAAAUUGGACUCAAACAUGAGCUAAAUAUCGUGAGUGCUCUUCCCCC